AUGUUCAAUAUUAUCGAUGAUCAUCUCGUUGAUGAUAUCUUUUUACGAGCUAAACAAUCACAUAUUGCAUAUAAUUUACAAACAGAAGAAUUUCAUAAUCUUAAUGAAAAUCUUCAAACAUAUUUAAAUGAUAUUAAAAAAAUAGAUGAUGAAAAUCAUCAAUUACAAAAUAAUAUUGAACAAAUACGUACAAAUUAUAUAAAAAUAUUAGAAAAUAAUUUAAAAUAUUUACCAGAAAAUUUUCGACAAGAAAGUCAUAUAUUAACAGAAGCUCAUAUUGAACGUUAUAAAUCUAAAUCACAUGCUAAACGUUUUAUUAAUGAACGUGAAGAACUUAAAAAACGAAUUAAUUUUAUUGCUAGUAAUGAAAAAGAACAAAUUAAACGUUUAAAUAAUUUACAAAGACAACAAUGUUUAGUUGAAAAAGAAUUAAAAAUAUUAAAUGAACAAUUACAAAAUUUAUAUAAUUAUAUUGAAAAUGAAAAACAAACACAUCAACAAGCUAUGAAUAAAGUUGAUGAUUUACAAAUUCAACUUGAACAAAUUUGUAUUGAACGAUCAAAAACUGAAUUUGAAAUUCAAACAUUACGUGAAGAACUUAAAUUAAUGCAUACAGCAAAAGAAUUUCUUGAUGAAGAACAUCAAACAAUAUUAUUAACACAAACAGAAGCAAAUGAAUAUUUAUUAUCAUGUUUAAAUGAAUUUAUAUUACGUAUACGUGAUGAUUUUAAUGAACUUAAUAAAACUCAAUUAAAACAAAUGGAAAAUGAAUAUAAACAAAUAAUGAUUAAUAUUGAAGAAAAUUCAUUAACUAAUGCAAAUAUAAAUGAAACAAUAAUUAAUCAACAACAUUCUAUACAAAAUGAAUGUGAAAAACUUCAAAAUGAACAUCAAUCUAUUACACAAGAAUUAAUAAAACUUAAUGAUUAUAAUCAAAUUUUAUCUGAACAAAUUCUUGCUAUGGAAACUGAUUUAUAUUCAAUACGUAAUGAACGUAUGCAAGAAUUAAUAUUAAAAGAUAAUGAAUUAGAACGAAGUAAAAUUGAAUUACAAAGUUUAAAUGAAAAAUUAAAUCAUUUAGCUGAAUAUGAUCGAAAUUUAAAAUUUGAAUUAACACUUUAUCGAGGUGUUUUAGAAGGUGAAUAUCGACGAAAACAACAACAAAAACAACAAUUUAUUAAUAAUCAAUAUCCUAUACGACCAACGACUUUACGAACAACAAUUAUACCAAAAAAUAAAAAUUCUUCAGUUUUAACAAAUCGAAAUGAAUAUGAAUUAAUGGUCGAAAAGGCAAAUGCUCAUGUUGAUGAAAUUUUAUCGACAAUAAAAAAUUUGGAUGAUGAAAAAAUGGAAAAUAAUGUUCAAUCAGAUCAUCAAGAAAGUUUAUCAAAAGAAUCAAAUAAAAAUUUCAAUGAAAAUCAUGAAGAAAAAAUAGAAUCUAUAGAUAAUAGCUUACAAGAAACACAUCAAACAUCAAUAGAAACUUUGAAAUCUCCGAUUUCAACAACUCCAACUGAGCAAGCAUCACCAAUCAGUCAUACACCAUCAACAGAUUUAAAAAAUCAUGAAAUAUUAUCAGAAAUCCCAAAAACUUCUCAAUGGUCUACAUUGUCAGAAGAUCAACAAAUAUUUUCUGAUCCUAUUCAAUCACCAACAACAGCUGCAGGAGUUCAAGUAUACUUAAUAACUGCAUCAACGGAUAAUAAAGCACCGCUCACUAGUACAGUUCCAAUCUUAACACAAAUGUAUCGACCUCCUAUUUCAAAUAGAGAAGAUCGUCAAAAAUCAUCACAUACUUCGAAUUUAUCAUCGGCUUCUGUUUCCACAGAUAUAGAAACAUUAUCUGAACUUGAAGCAUCUCCAAAUGCUUCAGUUGUUUUUGAAGAUUCUUCUGAAAUUCAUCCAUUAUCUUCAACACAAUUAAAAGAUGAAGAACAACGUUCAGAAGAUUAUUCAUCACUCACUGCAAUUCUAAAAGAAGUUCAAGCAUUAUCAAAAAUUUCACAUGUGGACACACAAUUAUUUUCAGGAAGUCAAAAAUCAUCAACAUCACCUACUAAUUCUACUUCACCAAAUGAUCCAUCGGUUUCAUUUGAUACUCAUCCAUCAUCUUUCAUAUCUUCAGAAAAUCAACAAAUAUCAAAUAUUUCGUCUAAUGAACAACCAAUACUUACUGAAUCAAUCAGUCCAUUAUCUCAAGAAAAUCUAUCCAUCUCAUUAGAUAGUCAACAGCAAGCUUCAACAUUAUCACAAGAACAACAGAUAUCUUCAGAAAUUGAACAAACGAAUGUAAUAGAUGAAAAUAUUCAAGAAGAAAUUUUGUCUAUACCUGCUGAUGAACACGAAUCAAUAGCAUCAGUAGCACACAAUACUACAGAAAGUUCUAUCACAGAAGAAAUUGAUGAAAAACAAGAAUUAACUAAAUCAUCAUAUGACAAUGAUCAACAUGAUGAAAAUACUAAAUCAUCCAUAAAUGAAACUGAUCAUAUAACAACUACUGACAUUGAUGACCAUGAUCAUUGUCAAUCUAUUAAAUCAUUACCCAAUGACGAACAUAAUAUUAAUCAAACUGACCGACAAGAAUCUUUAUCAUUUGAUACACCUCCUAUAUCACAAGAUGAAAUAAAAGAAAAUGUAAAUCCUUUUGAAGAUAAUAAAUUAAUAUUAAAACAAGACGAAACAAAAACAGAAGAACAAAUGAGUUCUUCUGAUCUUUAUACAAUUGAGGAGGAUAAUAUAAGUAAUUUUAUCUCCUCACCUGGUUAUUAUGGUAAUAUAAAUGAUUCUAUUUAUUUAAAUAAUGAAGAACUAACGAAAACUUCAUUAGUUGAUGUUGAAGGUAAUAAUACUGAUUUAAUUAAAGAAACUGUUUUAUCUUCUUCUCCAAAAUUAGAAGAAAAAUCAUCUCAAAGUAUUAAUGAAUCACAUUUAGAAGCUGUUAUGCAAGAUCUUCGUUGUGUAUAUAGCGAAUUAGCCAAUAGUGAAGAUCUCGUUGAAAUCAAUGAUGAUUUCUCAAAUAAUUUAAUUGAUCGUCUUGAAUUUGGUGAUACUUUUAUACGAACAUUAUUCGAUGGUCUUCUUAAAAAAUAUAUUAUACAACCAGCUAAAGAAAAAAUUCGUUUACAAACACUUGAUUGGAUUGAAUUUCGUGAUAUACUUUUUCCUAUUCUAACUGGUCGUUAUACAGAACGACAUAUACAAAAAUUAUUUAAUUUAUUCGAUACAAAGAAAGAUGGUUAUUUAUCAUUAGAAGAAAUAAUUGAAUUACUUGAACUUCUUCAAGUUAAUAAUACAAGUGAACUUGUACAUAAUAUAAGUAAUAAAUUAAAUAAAAAUCAAGAUGGUAAAUUAACUGUUGAUGAAUUAAUAGAAUCUAUUAAACAAGUUGAUGAUAUAAAGAAUAAUAUUCUUUCAAAUGAUAUUGAAUAUAAACAUUGGUAUAUAAAUCGUUUAAUAGAUGAAGAAAUAAAUGAUACUCAAUCAAUUUCAUUAGAUUCUUCAUCUAAAACUAAUGAUGAUAUUAAUGACAUGAUCAAUCAUGGAAUGAUUUUACUUAGUCGAAUAUUUAAAAGAUUAGGUCCUGAUAUUGAAAAUAAACAAAUUGAUAGUAAUAAAUCAACAUUAUCAAUGCAAAUAACAAAUGAAUUUAUACAUAAUAAUAUACAUAUAUCAAAUGAUGAUCUUCAAUCAUUUAUAGAAUUAUAUUUAAAUAAAAAACAAAAUUCCGAUCGUUUUAUUAGUUGGAUUGAAUUUCGAGAUAUAUUUUUACCAUUUGUUAAUGGUGGAAUGUUUUUAAAAGAUGAUAUUAUACGUUGGUUUAAUAUAUUUGAUGAAAAACAUCAAAAAAUAAUUAAUCGAGAACAAAUUCUUCAUCUACUUCGUCUCUUACAAAUACAAAAUCCAGAAAAAAUACUUAAACAAAUGAUGGAAAUUUCAGAUACAUAUACAAAUAAUAAUGAUAAUUCAUGGACAUUAGAAGAAUUAAUCUUUGCUUUGGAAAAUAUUGAUGAAACAACAAAAAAAAUUCUUUCAAAUAAUCAACAAAUUCUUUCAUAUGAUCUUAAUUGGUUUACAAAAAAUGUAUUUUAA